AUGGCCACCCUCGGCCCCUCCCUCCUCUCGCACCACCCACACCACCACGCCGCCUCGCCCGCCAACUCGCCUUCGUCGCCUUCGUUCCCUCACCAGGCGCUGGGUGCGGGCUCGGCUGGCGCAGCGGGGAGGGGUGUCGAGUCUGCGCUGGGACGGACAGGCGCGGGAGGGACGGCUUCGCCUGAUCCGACUCUCACGGGGGCGGUGUCGACUCCCUCCUCCUCAGGCUCAGCAGGACUAGACUAUGCGUCCCUAGCCUCGUGGGACGACUCGCACGUCUCUCUCUGGCUUUCCACGACCCUCCCUCCAUCAAUCAGUCACACCUACGCCCCGCUCUUCGCUUCGAACGAUAUUCGAGGGAAUGUGCUACUCGAGGUCGACCAGCAAGCGCUGAAGGAGAUGGGGGUGAGGAGUGUGGGCGAUAGAGUGAAGAUUUGUGUGGCGGUCAAAGGGCUGAGGGGGAGGGUUGCGGCUGCGACUCGUGCGGGAGGGGUGGGCAGGAGACCGAGUGUGCUUGCGCGCUCGAGUGCGACGAGACCAACCAGUCCGCUCGUCCCUUCCUCGACCCUCUCGUCCCCGAUGCUCGUACAACCUUCGCCGCCCUCGACAGCGACAGCUGGUCACGCACACUCCGCCCCUUCAACAGCCACUUCCCCCGCUCCGCCCUCUUCAUUCUCCUCUGCGACCUCGCCCGCACGAAGACCUGGCUCCGCAUCGCUCUCGUACUCCGCCCGCUCAAUCAGCGUCGGGAACCGCAUCCCCCCUCCCUUGCACCUCGCGCAGUCCAACACGGUCACGACUGGAACGAGACUCGCGGUACAGCGCAGUCCGCCUUCGACUGGGUCGUCGUCUGCCACUACUACCUCCACGGCGCCGAGGACGAUAGCGACCAGUCCGAGAAGCGCGACUUUCCUGCCGCCUACGUCGCUCAACCAAGCGCGUGGAGUGGGGUCCAGCUCGUCCGGAUCGGCAACGACGCGAGGGACGAUCCCGCCGAGCCCGACGACCCUCACCAGCUCAGCGAGCACAAGCUCACUUUCGUUGGGCUCGCGGGGGCCCGCGACGUACGGCCAUCGCAAGGCGAGUUCGUCUGCGGGUGUUGGCGGAGUCGGGGGAAGACCGCAGGUUCAUCCGGUCCAGCAGCCGGUUCAAGACGUGCCGGCAGCGUCGUCGUAUGCUGGACACCCUUACGCCGCUUCAGGUUCAGGUUCAGGAACCGGUCCUACCCUUCUUCCUUCGGCUAUCCCACUUCCUUCUCGAUCCGCUACGACUCCCGCACUACCUACGACUACCCACCCCUCCGCCCCUCUUUCCAACCUCGAAAUGAUGCGAAAAGCAGUCAAGUUCACUUCCGCCGAUGGAGUCACCACCCGCGUCCUUGCUGUCGCGGAUGCGAAAGAUGGGAGGGAGGUGCUUGGGAGGGUCAUGAGGAAGUUUGGGGCGAGGGAGGGCGAGGAUGUAGAGGGGUGGGGGGUGUGGACUACGGAGGUCAGCGGGGCGGCCCGCCUGUUGACGGAACACGAGCUGUACCAGAUCUGCCAGAACGCCUCGGCGCCCGAGCGGACGCGCGGCCUGAUCGUCCGGCGCCACCACACGCUCCCGCCCGCCUCCUCGACCUCGAUCACCCUCUCGACUUCGCCGCCAACCGGCACAUUCCCCUCCACGCCCUCCUCACCCUCCCAGCCUUCCUUCUCGACUUUCUCCCCCUCCCAGUCCGCUGCACUUGCCAACAAACGCGGUCGAAAACUCCAGUGGGUCUUUGGAGAGUCGCACGCCGUGACGGCCGACUCGUCCCGUCCAGGCGGGACCGCCGCCUUCCCCUCUUCGCGCGGUGCGAGUCCGACGAGCCCCAACUAUCUCGGGAUCGAGAUUCCGAGGAUGGGAAUCGAGCCUGCGAGUGGGGACGAGUACGAUGCGUAUGAGGAGGACGACGACGAGGCUGAGGUGCUUGUCAUCGCUGACGGGACGGGCGCGGGCAAGGCGGAUGCGAGGGGCAAGACGAAGCUCAACCGCGCCAGUACGGUCAGCGUCAUGAGUGGACUUGAGGCGCCGGACUGGGCCAGGGAUUACUACGGCGCUGGAGAGCGCGGGCUUGACCCGGCUUCGUCGCCGGAGAAGGAGCGCGAUGCGUAUCCUCUCAGGAGAGGAGGACAGGAGAAGUCGCCUUACUCGCCGCCGCAGCGGACGAGUUCGAGGAGGAUCCCGCCUCCGACGUUCGUUCCCUCCGACGCCGUAUCGGUUGCUGCGCAGGUCGCCCGCCCAGCGCGCGAAGUUCCGCCUCCCGCCGUCCGACCAACGAGUACCAUCAACCCGAACGAAGGACGCAGCUCGUUACUGCCCGACUCGACGCGCAAGCUGCGCAACUUCUUCGGCCAGCGCCCGCCGUCGGAACUCAUCACGACGCACUUGACCGAGUACUUCCCGCUCGGCCUGCGGGGCGGUCAAGGGGACAAGAGCGAGCGGAGGUUGCUCAGCAAGCAGGUCAGGGCAAGUAUCAGGAAGAGCAUGUCGGCUGCAGCGGGAGGGGUGCUCGUUCCCGGCUCGGGCGGGAUCGGCAGGCGCUACUCGAACGCGAGUCUGGCGAGCAGGGUCAGCAGGACGCGCAGUCGGUUGCAGCCGCACGGGUCGUCGCCGCCGCCUGCGGUCCCAGGCGAGACAUCCUGGGAGCGGGAAAAGGACGCGCCGAUCAAGGAGCUGGCUGAGGAGGUCGCGACGCCUACGACCGCCACGAGCCGGUUCAGCGGGUCGUCGAACGGCUCGAAUGGGUCGCCGGCCAGCGAGGUGCACAUCACGAGCUCGUCGUUGCCCGCUGGACUCGCUGCGAGCUCGAGCGCGUCAGUCAGGACGGGCGGGCGGUCGCCACGCAGCUCGAGCGGCAGCAUGCUCGACCCGCCAGACGAGGCGGCCGAGGACGCCGGGCUCAGCCAGUCGCCCGGGUCGACCUCGAUGCUCGCGCUCAACUCGUCCGCGUCGUCGACUUCGACGUCCACCUCGGCGACCGAUCAAGCCGACACUCGCUCGCUCGCAUCGUCCCUCGCCGCGCCGACUAUCGGCAGCCGCCGCCUCUCACGCCGCAUGUCCCGCAUGUCGGCUUCCUCUCGCCUCAGCGUCGGUGCGCAGAGCUUGUGGGAGCGCCGCAGCAAGGACAGCGACGCGGCGAGCAUCAUCACCGUCGACGAGGUCACUGCCGAACUCGAGACGAGGCGGGCGAGCGGCGUCAGCUGGCGCAAGGCGGGUCAGGCCGGCGACAGUGACAGCGACGCCAGCGAUGACGAGGCGAGCGACUUUGACGCGGGCCUGAGUGACGAGGGUGACUUGAGCGACGAGGUGGAGGACGACGAGACGAGCGAGGAGGAGGACGAGCCCGGAACCGCCAAGCCCGAGUCCAAGGGCAUGAAGUGGAUCAAGGGCGCGCUCAUCGGCGCCGGCUCGUUCGGCUCCGUCUACCUCGGCAUGAACCCGAUGACGGGCUCGCUCAUGGCCGUCAAGCAAGUCGAGCUCCCGACGGGCAAGACGCACAACGAGGAGCGGAAGAAGGGCAUGCUCGAGGCGCUCGAGCGGGAGAUCGAGCUGCUCAAGGACUUGCAGCACGAGAACAUCGUGCAGUACCUCGAUUCGUCGAUGGACGGCCAGCAUCUCAACAUUUUCCUCGAAUACGUCCCCGGCGGAUCCGUCGCCGCGCUCCUCCAGAACUACGGCGCCUUCGAAGAAGCGCUGGUCAGCAAGUUCGUGCGACAGAUCCUCACGGGUCUCGACUACCUCCACGAGCGCGAGAUCAUCCACCGCGACAUCAAGGGCGCGAACAUUCUCGUCGACAACAAGGGCAACAUCAAGAUCUCCGACUUUGGCAUUUCGAAGAAGGUCGAAGACACCCUUCUCACCGGCGCCAAGGUUCACCGCCCGUCGCUGCAGGGUUCCGUCUAUUGGAUGGCUCCCGAGGUCGUCAAGCAGACGGCGUAUACGAGCAAGGCCGACAUCUGGUCGCUCGGCUGCCUCGUCGUCGAGAUGCUUACGGGCGCGCACCCAUGGGCGAACCUGACGCAAAUGCAGGCCAUCUUCCGAAUCGGCUCAUCCGUCCGACCAACCGUACCCGACGACAUCUCAUCCGAAGCCGACGACUUCCUCGAGCAAACCUUCGAAAUCGAGCACACCGAUCGCCCUUCCGCGAAAGAGCUCCUCCAGCACGGUUUCAUCCGCGACCCCGACGCUCUCGCCGCCAGCCAGCAGACGCCAACGCGGGCGACGUUCAGCCAAAACGGCUCGGACAACGGGUCCAGCAGCGGUGGGUCGUGA